AUGGAAUCAUACCUUGAUGUUGUUAGAAGUAGAGGAGACGUCGAAAUCUUGCAGAAAAAUUGCCUGAACCAGAGGCAUUCGUUCGGGCGUGUACCAACGAGAACACCGAAAAAACCUAAUUCAGCUCCACGUAAGAUAGCCAAAGUACGGUUGAGCAAUCGACAUGAUAUAUUUGCUCACAUUCCGGGCGAAGGUCAUAAUUCGCAGGAACAUUCUAUAGUCUUAAUAAGAGGAUGUAGAGUGAAAGAUUCGCCAGGUGUGAAAUCCCAUUGUAUUCGAGGAGUCAAGGAUUUGUUGGGAAUUCCGGAUCGAAGAAAAGGGAGAUCAAAAUAUGGUGCAGAAAAACCAAAAUCGAGAUGAAUGGAAGAUGCCUCUGUCACUCU